AGAGGAAUAUUCAUAAUGCUCUGUUGAACAAAUAAUUGAGGCACGUUCCUUGGCUCCAGUAGUCCCUAGCUUAUCUAAUUUCGACAUUAUAUACUUAAGAGGAGAGGCGAGAGCACACUCAUCCAACAAUUUCAUAUUCAUCUCUAUUCUUUGCUCUUUCAAUUAUAACCGAGUUCUAAGUUCUAACACGAAAAAUGGCUGAGGCACUUAUCUCUGUGGUUCUAGAGCAACUGGCUUCAAUAGUGUUUGAACACACAAAACAAGCGGUGACACUCGUUUUGAAUGCUGAGGAAGAUGUUCAUAGUUUCCGCAGCAAUCUCGAAGCCAUUCAAGCUGUGCUGGAGGAUGCAGAGAAGAAACAAGUGACGGAGGCCAGAGUGAGAAUCUGGUUGCAAAAGCUCAAAGAUGUAUCGUACGAGAUGGACGACGUCCUAGACGAGUGGAACACUGAAAUUUUGAAACAACAAGUGGAGGAAGGCAAUAAGAAGAAGGUAUGUUUCCCCAUGCCCUCUGGUUGCUUUUGUUUUGGCCAAGUCAAUAAGGUCAUUCAUCAUCAUAACAUAGCUAGAAUGAUAAAGCAACUGAAUGAGAAGUUAACUUCGAUUGCUGCUGAAAAAGCCAUGUAUGGCUUUCAUCCAUCCGCCAUAGGUGGCCAUGAUGAUCGGCAGUUUAUUCAACGACCGAAGACUUCAUCUUUGGUCGAUCUAUCUAAGAUAUUUGGCCGAGAAGAAGAAAAAGAGAUGUUGUUGAACAAGUUGUUGAGAGAGAGUAGCCCAGAAGGGGGGCGGUUCCUUGUCAUCCCUAUUGUAGGGAUGGGAGGGAUGGGGAAAACAACUCUUGUCCAAUUAGCCUAUAACCAUGAAAAGGUUGCAGCCCAUUUUGAUAAGAAAGUAUGGGUUUGUGUCUCAGACCCUUUUGAUGAGAUUAAAAUUGCCAAAGCGAUCAUUGAGAGUCUAGAUAAAAAUGAAACCCAAAAAAAUUCAGAUGAGUUGGAAACCCUACUCAAUUGUAUAAAGACUCAUGUUGAGAGUAAGAAGUUCCUCCUAGUCCUAGAUGAUGUGUGGACUGAAGACCAAACCAAGUGGGAAAGUUUGCAAUUAUCAGUAAUAAUGCAGAGUUGUGAAAUAGGGAGUACAAUACUGGUUACCACGCGAAAACAAAGGGUUGCUGAAAUGAUGCGAGCGACCAACAUGAUCCAUUUGGACAAGUUGAGCGAUAUGGAUUGUCUAGCAUUGUUCAAUUGCUUUGCACUUUUGGAUAGGGAAGAAGAUAAGACUAAUGGGUUUGGAGCUAUUGGUGAGGAAAUUGUGAAAAAGUGUAAAGGUUUGCCUCUUGCUGCAAAGACUUUAGGUAGUCUAGUGUGGUAUAAGAAAACAAGAGAGGAAUGGCGGGAUGUUCUGAAUAGUAAGAUAUGGGAACUAGAAGAAGUUGAGGAACAAGUUUUCCGACCACUGUUACUAAGUUAUUAUGAUUUGGCUCCUGCAGUCAAAAUGUGUCUUUUGUAUUGUGCAAUAUUUCCCAAAGAUUAUGAGUUCCGAAAAAAAAAUUUGAUUGAUCUUUGGAUGUCACAAAAUUAUCUUAAUUCAAAGGGAAAAAAAGAAAAGAGAAGAAUAGGUCAAAGUUAUUUUGAAAGUCUAACAAUGCGGUCUUUCUUUCAAGAUUUUAAAAAAGAUGGGAUGGGAAAUGUUUAUGAGUGCAAAAUGCAUGAUAUAGUGCAUGACUUUGUGCAGUUUCUUACCCAAAAAGAAUGCACUAUUAUAGAAGCAGUCAAGGGUGCUAAUCAAAGAGUGGAGCUACCGGGUGAUUAUAAGGGUCGUCAUUUGACUUUAACAAGUUUACCCGAAGGUCCACUUUCAUUUCCUACUUCAUUUGACAACUGCAAAAAUAUGCGAACCCUCACACUCCUUGAUUCAAGCAUUACAACCAUAAGCCCCGGUUCAAUUGUGCAAAUGAAAUGCCUGAGGACAUUGAAUUUGAGUCGUAACAAGCUCAAUGAAGUUCCAAAAGAGAUUGGUGAAUUGAUUCAUUUGAGAUAUAUGAAUUUGUCUCGUAGUGGUUAUUUGAAAGAAUUACCGGAUGCUGUGUGUGAUUUAUACAAUCUACAAACUCUGGACGUUUCGUGGUGUGGUCAACUAGAGAAACUACCCAAGGCAAUGGGAAAGUUGAUUAACUUGAAGCAUCUAUAUGUUUGGGCUUGUGAUGGGCUGAGGUACUUACCGAAAGGGAUUGGGAGUUUGAAAAGUCUGCAAGUACUAGACUGGUUUAAAGUAUGUGAGGGUGAUGAUGAUGAAGCAUUGAAAUUAGGAGAUCUCGGAAUCAUGGACCAGCUUCAGGGGAUCCUUGUGAUAUCUAGAUUGGGGAAUAAGGAUGAUGCGAGUGAGAUUGAGAAAGCACAGUUGGGGAAUAAGGAGCACCUCUCUUUUUUGCGAGUACUUUUCUCGCAUGUAGAUGCAGAGCAGAGAAAAGGUGAUUCAGAAAUAGUGAAAGCAUUGCAACCACAUCAAAAUUUGGAAUUUCUUUGGAUUGGGUUUUGCCAUGGCACCACCGAGUCUCUCUAUUGGAUCAAGUCUUUACACAAUUUGAGAAGUGUUUCUCUCAUUGGGUGGAGAUUUUGUGAAGUUCUGCCUCCUCUUGGAAAAUUGCCAUCGCUUGAAAUUCUGGAGAUAUACGGGAUGGAGAAAGUGAAAAAGGUGGGAGUUGAAUUUCUGGGAAUAGAAGAAGAAGAAGAACAAGUCUCAAGAGAUCUAUUCCCCAAAUUGAAACAACUUCGGUUCCAAUCAAUGGAGAACUGGGAAGAGUGGGCCUUUCUUUCUGAAAUCACAAUAAUGCCACGCCUUUCUGAGUUGCUAAUUGUGAGUUGCCCAAAGCUAAAAGCACUGCCAGAGUUCCUCUACAAGAUACCAGCACUGCGUACUCUGAAGAUCAAGGGUUGUCCAAUUCUGGAAGGAGAAUACAAAAAGGACGUGGGGAAGGAGUGGCACAACAUUUCUCACAUCCCAAACCUCACAAUCCAAUCUGGAUGGAACUGAACAGGUUCUUCAUGAAGAACUUGCAAAUGCAAAUGGAAUGCGUGCAAGGUGUGCAAGUCAAUCAGGAUAGGCAUGCUAACUAGAUACACUUGAGGACUGCAUUGAAGCUUCUAGGACUAAGAAUGUCAUUGGAGUUGUCAAGCUGUUGAAGCUCUCUAGAUAGCUAAUUCAUAUCGAAACUGCUUGUUCUUCUCAGCAAAGGUCGUGACUGAAUUAACCUGUGAAGUCAGAGUUCAUCCAAUCUGACGUGCUUAUGCAACAUGUUGGGAUAUGGACUAUUCUUCAGUCGCUUAAAUGUUUCAUAGGAUGGAAUAUGUAUCAGGCAGAAGUUCACCACAAAGGAAAUUCCAUAUGCAUUUGACUGAUUGAUGUGACCCUUAACUCAAUAUUUUAUCUAUCUUAAGCAAUCCAAUGAGGAAGAUUUUUGUGAAAUGGACCUUAAUGCCGAUUGGGAUUUGGUAAAUGGGAGUUGAAAGAUUUUGUAAUAAUAAACAUGGAGCCCGAUAAAUGGUGUAAACUCAGACUUGAAAGAUUUAUUGGAUGAUUCGCUGCCCAAAUACAAAUCUCCAUGGAACUGAACAGGUAUUCAUAUUGUUGGAUUUCAACUACUUUGCAAGUACAGUUUGGUGUUUGAAGCUUGGUAAGUGUAUUUUACUAAGGGAAGGAAUUUGAAGUUGCUGAAUCAGUUCAAGGUAAUGGUGGUUCAGAAGUUGGAGCUGCAUGAUUCUGUUGGAGUGGAGGGACUAUAACACAAUCGUACACCAUACGGGAAAUUUGGUAUCCAUUUGAAUGAUUGAAGUGCCUCUCACCUAAACUAGGCUGAAGCUUUUGUGGAAUGGACGCUGACUGGGAUUUGACUAGUAAUUGGGGUUUGGAAGCUUUUUCUGCAAUCUGUCAUUUAACAAUAGGCAGCAGGGAGUUCGGUAAUUGGUGUUUCUGCAAAUGAACCGUUCAAAUGCUGCCACCUCAAUCGUUGAAGGCUACUUGAAGGUAAAAUAUAUGGUCCAGAUAUAAAGGAAUCUGUUGUGUUAAGCUACACCCGAACAUAGACUGGCACUUUGAUCGAACUACAAUGCCUGGAAUUGCAAACCGUUCGACCUCACCAUCGUUGAAGAGUAAAACGAGAUUGCUUGUGGCUCAUAGUGACAUGUUGGAGUGGAAUGAUAAGCUUUUCAAGGGAUUACUAAUUUAAAUUAGGUAUAUAGCAGUGUACUACGCAGCUAAACCUUAAUCCUAGUCUCUCUCAUCCAUAGUUUUCUAUGGUACAAGCAAAGGUCGUGACUGGAAUAACUAGUGAAGUAGGAGUUCAUCCAAUCUGAUGUGCUUAUGCAAUGUGUCAGGGGUAUGGAGGAUAGACUAUGUAUCAUGCGGACUUUCACCAUGAAGGAAAUUUGGAUACGGGAUUCGAAGUUGCAAAAUCAGUUGAAGUUAAACGGUGGUUCAGUAACUGGAGCUACAGGAUUCUGUUGAGUGGAUAAGGGAUUUGAGGAUGCAAAAUCAAUUGGUUCCAUAAUUGGAGUUGCAGGAUUAUGUUAUUAUGCAAAGGUGGCUACUGAAUGAACUUCUGAAGUCCGUGUUCAUCCAAGCUGAUUUUCUUAUGCAGCAUGUCGAUGGCUUGGGACAGCUAAAUGCAGUACUAAGAGCUUGUUGCGAUUGGCUCGCCAUAGGCGUCAUGGAUUCAAGUACCGGUGCAAUUGGACUAAGAAAGAGGAUGAAUUACAGAUCGGGGGUUUUGCGACUGGUCACCAGCUGAAUGCGUGCCAGUUAUCUCUGUUAAGUGUUAAUCACCAUUCCUUCCCAAUUUUGACUGGUUUCGGAUGCAUAGAAAGCAUGAGUUUUCCAAGUACUACAUUAUUAUUAUUUUUGGCAAAGCCAAAAGUAUUACAUUAAGAGUAUCAAUUAUAAGCUGCCCAAAAAAUAAUGGUAGCAAUUAUAAGUGUGUGAGACAGAUUGAGAUUCUAGGGCUGGGAAACAAAGGUAUUGUGAGAGAAUUCUUGGUGGAUUUUUAUUUUUAUUUUUUAUCACAAGCUAAUGAAAUCUUUCGGAGUAUCCCUCCCGAGGAUGUAGUCACUAAUUUUGCCAAAACCUCA